AUGAUGAUAAGUGGUAACCCAAGAAACAAUAACAAUAGUGAGAGUAGAAUUAGGUAUCCAUUCACGGCCACCCAACGGCAAGAGCUCGAACAACAAGCACUUGUUUUCAAGUACAUGGUCUCCGGCAUGCCCGUCCCUCCCGACCUCCUCUUCACCAUCCGCCGGAGCUUCCACUCUUCCCUUUCCUCCAAGCUCCUCCUCCCCAAUUUUGGAUGGAACAGCUUUUCGGUGGGGUUCGGGCGGAAGGUCGACCCGGAGCCCGGGCGUUGCCGAAGGACGGACGGCAAGAAAUGGAGGUGCUCCAAAGAGGCCCACCCGGAAUCUAAGUAUUGCCAACGACACAUGCACAGAGGCCGUAACCGUUCAAGAAAGCCGGUCGAAACUUAUAACGAUAACAACAACCACAGCAAUAAUAAUAAUAAUCACUCGCCGGCCACCACUAAUCCGGCCGGAACAAACAUAUUAAACACAAACAUGCCAUCACACUCCUUUCUCUAUCCUCAUCACGAUCAUCAUACCUCUCAAUCUCAACAAAUCGCCGGCUUCAAUUUUCUCAACCCAACCGGCACAGAUUGCAGUGUAUACGGAGAGGAUUGUAAUUACGCGGUGUCAUUGGGUUCGUUUGACGAUGGAGAACAAAAACAGGAGCAGCACCAGCAGCAGAAGAAGAAAGUGAUGCACCAUUUUCUAGACGAGUGGUCGUCGGCAAAAGGCGAAGAUUCGACUAAUUGGGCCAACAAUAAUACCGAGGAUCGAACGACUACGAAUCUCUUGCAUGACUUCUUCAUGACCCCAAAAUGGUGA